AUGGCUGGUCAUUCUAAUCCCCCGGAUUUGAACUCUGUGCUUCAAGCACUUUCCAGCCUUGCUUCUCAGGGUAGCUCAUCUGGAACCCCUCAGUCGCCAUCACUACAGCCUCAUGUUACUCGACCGGCAAGGGUUGAGCCAAGUCAUACACCUCGGCCGGCGCAUUCGAAUCCACCAAAGCCGAGCACUCCUACUAUUGACCCCUCGACAAUUACUACUUGGCCUGCAGCAUUACGUUAUGUCAUGCGCACCGUGGGCCAAAACGAAGAAACCCAGCUUCGAAUCCGUGGGUUAAUCAGAAGCCAACAUAAUCAUGAACGGCAAUGGUGGAAGGGUCGUGAGGCUCUACUUCAGAGGCAGGGGGCUCGAGGUGAUAAACAAAAAGAGCUAGAUGCAGUCUUACGAUCGAUUGGCGCACCCGUUGAAUCAAAAGAAGGAUCUACCACGGAAGAGGACCAAGCAGAGCUCACAAAUUACGAUACAAAGAUCUACAAAGCUUCUGUGCAGAUGGCGGAUGCAUUGACAUCGGAACUACGUGGUCACCAGAUCCCAUUUUUUGUCAUCAAAAAGAGUCUGGUUCAAGACCCAGCAUCGGCAGCGGAGCUUGAUGGUACUUCCGACAUGGAUACAAAGCUGUCUAGGUCAGACCUUGAAGAUUUGCAACGUCGCAUGCUGCAGUUGCUUGAGGAUCUUUGCAAAGAAUAA